AUACUCUGUGAUUGGCCGCCCUGGAUGCAGUGGGUUCUCUCACUCGUCGCGUCUUUCCGCUCCUGAGUCUACGCAGCGCUUCUUCGGAGAUCCCUUUUUUUUCCACUCGGCGAUGACGCAAAUUUCCAACAACUUGGCAGAAGAGAUAAAAGAGAGGGACAUGAAAGAUUUGGAAGCAUCUCUGUCUGCUGCACAGGACAACUUUGCCAUCCGGUGCCGAGAUGUGUGCCGGUCAUACGGAAAGCUAAAGGUGCUCACCAACCUUAACCUGACCGUACCACAGGGGCAGAUUUACGGCCUUUUGGGCCCCAGCGGAUGUGGAAAAACGACGCUUUUAAAAUGUAUCGUAGGAACACUGAAAAUAUCACGAGGACACAUCACUGUGUUGGGGAAGCCACCUGCAUUUCCUGGACACGAGGUCCCAGGGAAGAUGGUUGGAUACAUGCCACAGGACCUGGCACUGUACAACGAGUUCACCAUUAGUGACACCUUGACUUUCUUUGGACGAAUCCAUGGCUUGACAUCAAAGGAAACCCGGGCGCGCAUGGACUUCCUCAUUGACUUCCUGCAUCUACCUCAGAAACACAGCCUAGUCCGAAAUCUCAGCGGGGGUCAGCGGCGAAGGGUGUCUCUCGGAGCUGCUUUGUUGCAGAAUCCUGAACUGCUCAUCUUGGAUGAACCAACUGUCGGAGUGGACCCUGUGCUUCGAGCUAAGAUCUGGCAACAUCUGGUGGAGAUUGUGAAGACGGGGAAAGUCUCCGUCAUCAUUACUACACACUAUAUAGAGGAGGCUAGGCAAGCCAAUGUGGUUGGUCUGAUGAGAAACGGCCAUUUGCUGGCAGAAGGUCCUCCAGAUGCAGUCAUGGAGCAGCACAGUGCGACAACCCUGGAGCAUGCCUUCUUGCAGCUGUGUGAGUCGUCAGACCAGAACUCCACCCAGGAAUCCAGUUUAGAGAGCGAACCCCUGGAGAAAGGCCAAGCUUUUGGGAAUGGCCGGGACGAGAGUCAGCCGAUUCUCGCAGUUGGGCCGCCGCCUGUAGAAGAAGUUCCUAAAUGUACAGCGGACUGGAUGGUGCGGGCCAGACACCUACUGCCAAAGGGGAGAAACAUUGGAGCACUGGUCAUUAAAACAAUGGUGCGGAUGAAGAGAAUGCCAGGCUCAUUGUGCUUCCAGUUCCUGCUGCCCGUCAUCCAGAUCUCCCUCAUCUGUUUAUGUGUCGGCGGGGAUCCGAAGGGGAUCAAGGUUGCCGUGGUGAACAACGACACCAGCCCCCUGUCCUCCUCAUUUAGCGUGUCACUGCUCUCCUUCCUGGAUAACUCCACCGUGAUUCAGGUUCCCUUGCCCCACAAGGAGGCUUUUGAAGGUGUUCACAAAGGACGGUACUGGGGUGUCAUCGGCUUUGGACAGAACUUCACCAGUUACUUGACUAAACGGAUUCUGCAGCGACAGGUUUCCAAGGAAGUGAUCGAUGGUGGAUCAAUGCAUGUCUGGCUGGACCUGACCAACCGACAAAUCGGCCUCAUGUUACAGAAGCAGCUGCACCAGGCUUUUCAGGAUUUUGUGGAUUUCAAAAUGGGCAGUUUAGCAUACCUGGCUGCUCUACCAAUAAAAUUUGAGGAACCAAUCUACGGAAGUCUGGACAUGGAUUUCACUACCUACGUGACCCCAGGAGCUGUCCUCAGCAUCUCCUUCUAUUUGGCUCUGGGUCUGACAGCACUCUCCUUUGUCCUGGAGAGGAAGGAGGGACUCCUGGACAGGUGCUGGGUUGCAGGUGUGAGCUCUAUUGAGACGAUGCUGGCUCACCUCUUCUCCCAGCUUUUUGUCAUCAGUGUUCAGAUCAUCCUUAUGCUCCUCUUCAUCCUGCUCGUCUUCAAGAUGCCAAACGAAGGCUCCUUGUUUCUAGUCAUAUGUUUGAUCCUGCUUCAGGGCGUCACAGGCAUCUCCUUCGGCCUUGUCAUCUCGGCGGGGAUUGACGACGAGCAGAGCGCCAAUCAAGUUGCCCUGGGCAUCUUCUACCCUAACCUCAUUCUGAGCGGUAUCAUCUGGCCUGUGGAGUGUAUCCCGUAUCCUCUGCGGUACCUCAGCCUGGCUCUCCCUCAGACCUACGCCUCAGAGUCCCUCCGCUGCAUCAUGUACAGAGGCUGGGGUAUGUCUGAGAUGAUGGUGUGGAGAGGUUUUGCCUUCACCCUGGGCUGGAACACGUUCUUCCUGAUCCUGGCCACCGUCAUCCUAAAGCUCAGGACGUGACAGCCUCCAUCUCCUCGGAGAAAGUUUUCCUAAGUGAGGACCAGGCUUUCAGAUGCAGAUCAGGAGCCAGCAACAAUCCUUUGACGUACCGUCAGUGGAGGAGGAGGAGCAGCAGUAAUCAUGAGGAAAACGGUGGUGGACGUGAAGGAUUUACUGUGUUUUAAAGGACUGAUGGGAGAUGCAUCAGUCUCCCUCCUCCUGAUUAUCUCUCUGACACACACUAACACACACUCUCUGAUCCUGCAGCAGUUGGUUUGGUCUGUUCAAAGUCUAAAUUCAAGUUGUUUCAAGUAGAAAAUAAGUAGCAGCAGUUUAUGUCUGUUUCACUUCUAGGUGCAGCUUCUUGAAAACCUUCAUGCUGUGUACAGCCACAAACCAACUCAGGAUCACUUUUUGUUUCCCUUUCGACUUAACGCUGAGAGAUUUUUUUGGUUGUUUGUUUUACACUUUAUUUUAUAACGAAUGAAGGUUGUGUCAUUCAUUUUUGAUAUAAAAAGAAAAAAAUAUAAAUACGUUGACUGUAAAUGAUGGAUAGUUUGAGGUUUUGCCAUCUAUACUACGGUAGAAGUUAGAUGUGGAUUGAAGAAAAGGAAGAAAACUUUAAAGAGGAGGAGUUUGAGCACAAGAAUGUGAGAAAAUGCCUUAUUUCAAAGCAGGAAAUUGAGUAGAUUAUUGCACAAUGUAACGUGAAUGCAUACGAAAGCUAAAAAGUGAUGAUUGCUUCAUAUUACACACCCAUUAGGUUUCCCACAGCAUCUCUAUCUCUCUAUUGCUGCUUGCUUGUUAUAUUUUUGUUGAGCCUCUCGUCCUGUCUGGUAAUGAAAGGAAGCGGUAACUGAUCUCGCUGCAUUACCAGGUGCUCAAUUGUUGUUCUUCUUCAGCUUAGGUUGAUGGUGUUCCUUAUAACUUUGUGCCUGUAUCUCCUAACUGAGGGGAGUGUUUUGGUGAUUGGAAAUUUUUCUGUCCUGGGACUUCAGGUUGUUUAUUAACUUUCUACUUUGCUGGACAGAGUGGACGCUGUUCCUAAACUGUCAGCAUCAAUCCAGUCAUGUUUUCUUUUUUUUUGUUUGUUUUUUACAAUAAAAAGUAGAUUUAAAAAGAAAAUUAUAUUUUAUGAUGUUUUGCUUUAGGAAUAAUAGAAAAUCUAAGCACACAGGGGUUAAGCUUUUGGGGGAUUUGACAUAGAGAUGGUGUCUGUGCUGUAAGAAAAUCCUAGAGAAAAGCUGAACAGGGAAAGCUGGGGAGUUGCUGGUAAGUCAGUCCAUCCUGCUGAUAUUACAAAUAUCUGUUGUCAAAAAGCCACAUUUUGAAUGAACCUAUAAAGGUGCUUUAAGAGGAAUCCAUUUUUAUAAGUAGAAUUUAUAUAGUUGUAUUUUCUCAUGAUCUAAAAACAAGCAAAAUUAUAAUCAGAUCAUUAGAAAAGGACAUCACAAUUUUUUAAAAAUUUAUAAAUGAAUCUACCCCUAUUAUUUGCAGUACUUUUAUACCAAUGAGCCAAACUCUCUUUUAUCUUCUAAGGUGGAAAGUUUCGAUAUGUGCCAUAUGGCUCACCACCCAGAGCACCAUGACUUAGUGGGGAGCACAAGCAUAACUAAUUUUAUUUAGACCCAGAAUGGGGUUUCUUUGCUUAUGUGCAUGUCAGGUUAUAUGAUGCAUGCAGUCUAAGCACUGUAGCAAUAUGAGAAUGAAGUUGUAUUAUAAUGGCAUGAUUCAUGCCAUUGUAAUACAUGAUUCAAGAGUCAUGAUUUGAAGGGAACAAAAUUAUGUCUAAAUCGGCGAUAAAUUGAAGGGCUAUGUCGCUGCCUUUUAAAAUUCUGGAGUGCAUUGGGUAUAGUUAAAACGUCCUUAGACAGAUUAAAAGACAGACUGAGAAUGAUGAAACCUUUAUUCUACGCUAGUCUUUAUUCUACUCAAAUUUGCAGAGAGAGGCUCACCCAGGCCAACAUUCGUGCUCAAACCUUGUUUUAUGGCUUGUCCACUGGAAGAAAACCCAGAGCAGACCCAAAUCAUUUGUCCAGCCUCUCUGAAGGUCUAUAAGAAUUGUCCUUUGGACUCUGGAUACUUUUUAGUGUUUUAGGUAUCUUUCCCUAAAUGGCUGUCUAUAGCAAGCGAACAGUAUUUGAAAGUCUUAUCUUCCAGAAGAAGACAAAGACCGGACACAUGAAACGAAGAGAUGCCUUGUCCUUCCGUUUUCAGCUAACAGCUUUUAGGAAUCACCUUGCUGGUGAAGGUGCAACCAUUGAAAUGAGGUAAAAUUAAUAUUUUGCAGAUUUAGCAAAAGCAAUAAAUUAAACUGCCCAAACAUCUAGUUUAAAAUGUGUUCCACGGUACGUUUUCUGCAAUGUGGAGACAAACACUGAAUAAACCUUUGAAUUAAGGAGACUUUAUAUGCCUGAAUGAUUCAGAAGUCACAGUUAAAUAGCUUUUUUGUUUGUUGUUAGUCAAUUUAAUUCAACUCUAAAAGGCUAAUUAAUAACAAAGAGAAAUUAAAUCAUCUGUGCUUGACUUUUCCUCCGAAAAUUAUCAGGUUCUGGACUGAAAAUGUUCCAAAAAACAAGCCAAUGAAAAACUUAACAUCUUCAGAGAGCCCAGAGAAAUGUUAAGAAUCCGUUUAAAAAGUCUAAAGAACGAGUGGCUCCUUGGGAUGAAAAUGUAAAGAAAUGUCAGAUGACUUUUGACAUUUGCCAAGCCCUGUACAUCCUGGUUUUAGUAGUAUUAACAAUCUCAACUCAUUCAAACCAACAGUGAAACCAGCAUCACAUCUGUGCCAGUCAAAGAUUUAAAAUGUUUACAGUAAUCUGCAUGUAUUAAAUCUGAGCGUGCUGUUUACUAGCAGGGUUUUUUUUUUCUGCUGUUGACCUAAACACAGGUACCUGUUUGGUUUAUAAUGGGACAGUCUCUAAUAUCAAUGAGUUCCUGCACAUUCUAAUGACAAUGUUGAAGUAUUGUUUGAUAAGAAUGGUAAAAAAGGUGAUCAUAUGUUCAAAGAGAAUCAUUGAUACACUCCUUAAAGAUUACUCACUCUAAUGCUGUUACAAUAAUAAACCUUUGUGAAAUAGAUUUAAAUGAGUGAUCUGUCUUUGGGUUUGCUGGUACAGCUUGUUUAUACAUUAUUUUAGGUUAAAAAUCUAUUUUUUGGACUGUUGGGUUAUUACGGCCAAAAACCAUGUUUAAAUUUUGCAAGACGGCAGUCAUGUGCUCUUUUUUAUGGAAUAUGAUCUUGUUGCAACUGAUUUUGAAAUUUACACACCCUUCAAAUGGCAAAAAUGAUCUAACUCGUGUUGAUUCUUGGAGAUUUUAAUGCAAUUAUCCAGGGAAAGACAUUGUUAAAGAGAAGCCACAGCUGAGAAGUUUAUUGAUUAGAAGUUGCCAUUUUUGAUUUCAAAUGUGACCUUUUUUCAGUUAAGAUGUUGCAGAUUAUGGAAGAAGUGGUGUGUGCAUCCACUGUGCUCUAUAAACUCCAGAUUACUACCUCCACCUCUCUCCCUGAGGGGCACGUGAAGAAUUUACACUCCUGUGUUGUGACUUGUAUGCACUGUGAUAGCAGACAUGCUUGGAUGAAGUUCUAUUCAUUUAUUCUGAAACAAUAAAUGUCAUUGAAAAAUC